UCGUUCUUUUCUAGCUAGUCACGACCUUUUUUUUUUCUCAAUCUAAACUCACUUGACUCGCUGAAGAACACAACAGAACAGGGGCUCUGCCCUUUGCGAGAAGUGAAUAUGCUUUGUUUGGGUCGAGCUUUGGCGCUUUCGCACUCAAUAAGUCCAGUAAAUCACUAUAAUCUUCGUUAUUCCAACUCUAGAUUUGGUGUUGUUAGACAUAAGUUGAGCUUCAAAUGGCGAUCCAUGGCGUCCGAUCCCGAGUCAUCUUCUUUCGCUCCCUCAAUCGAUUCCGAGCCUAUUGAUAAAAACGCUGCUGGGUUUUGUAUUAUUGAGGGGCCGGAGACAGUGGAAGACUUUGCCAAUAUGGAACUACAAGAAAUUCAGGACAAUAUACGAAGUCGCAGGAACAAAAUUUUUUUGCAUAUGGAAGAGGUUCGCAGGCUGAGAAUACAACAGAGAAUUAAAAGUGCCGAGUUUGGAGUUUCAAAGGAUGAGCGAGAAAUUGAUCUUCCUAAUUUCCCAUCAUUCAUUCCCUUCUUGCCUCCUUUGACUUCAGCAAACCUUAAGCAGUACUAUGCUUCCUGCUUUUCUCUGAUUGCUGGGAUUAUGCUUUUUGGGGGCCUUCUUGCACCCAGUUUGGAGCUUAAGCUGGGAAUAGGAGGCACAUCAUAUGAAGAUUUUAUAAGAAGCAUGCAUCUGCCAAUGCAGUUGAGUCAGGUUGACCCCAUUGUAGCAUCAUUCUCAGGAGGAGCAGUUGGAGUGAUCUCAGCAUUAAUGAUUGUUGAAAUAAACAAUGUGAAACUACAGGAGCAUAAAAGAUGCAAAUAUUGUCUUGGAACUGGAUAUCUUGCUUGUGCUCGGUGUUCAACCACAGGAACCCUUGUUCUUAUUGAACCGGUGUCCUCAACUAAUGGUGAAAAUAAACCUCUAUCACCACCUAGAACAGAAAGAUGUUCAAAUUGCUCAGGAUCAGGAAAGGUUAUGUGUACAACAUGCCUCUGUACGGGAAUGGCAAUGGCAAGCGAACACGACCCUCGUAUUGACCCCUUUGAUUAAAAAUUGCACCAUUAUGCAUUGAAUCUCCAUUCUCUUGGAAUAUUCCAAUUUUUGCUGCUCACUUGUCUCCAAUCCACAUGGCACCACGAAGGACAUUCUGUAUAUAAUGUACACCAAAUGUUUCUUACCGCAUGACCCAAAUUCUAAAAUGCCACUCAAUUUUAGAACUCUUGCAGCCUAUCAAAUGGUAUCCCUUAUGAGUGUGGCUACUGUUUGCCUUGGCUGCAAUGUAAUCAAUAUUUCUUUAGGACGUAUUAUAUUUACAGUAGUAAAUCUGUACUGUUUAUUUGAAAGAUUUAUACGCUUGUGCAUAUUAAGGAAAAGACUUUGAAAGAAAAUGAAUUGUAAUUCU